AUGGUGCGGAAGGACAGCUGGGUGGGCCUGAACGAUGUGGAUGGAGAUGGCACCUGGACCUGGGCUGCAGGGGAGGACGCCCGUCCCCCUUUUCCUUGGAUGGCUGGGGUACGACUUACGGCAGGCAAUUGCCUGGAGAUGAAGCACCGAGCAAAGCAGGCCCUGGCUGCCUCCCCCUGCUCUGGACACAAAGCGUGGGUCUGCAAAGGGCCUUUGGUCCCGCAGAGUUCCUGCCCAUCAGAACCUGGCUGGAGGCCAUGGAAUGGCAGCUGCUACUUCUGGGACCCGCUUUCGGUUGGAGGGUGGCACGAGGCUUUGGCUUCCUGCCGGCGAUUCAGGAACACAGAGCUGCUGUACUUGACCUCGCUCCGGGAGAGGGACUGGGUCCACUCAAACUUCCAAGGCUCCUUCUGGACAGGCUUGAAUGAUCUGCAGGAGGAAUCUGUCUUUCGCUGGACAACUCAAGAGCCCCUCAGCAGAGCUGUAGCACAGUAUUUGCAGGAUGACAUGGCGGAUGGUGGCUUGAAGGACUGUGUGUGGUUUGACAUGGUGACCGGACUUCUCCGUGACACCAGCUGCGAGGAGGAAAGGCCCUUCCUGUGCAAAAGCAGUGAAGCCACCGACUGGUUUGAGGAACGCCCCGGCCUCAGUGUGACAGAGGGGGACCCUGCACUCCUCUUGCCCUCCUCUGGGAGCCUGAUGCAGGCCAAGCAGGAGUGCCUAUGGGAGCGCAGUGUGUGCAUCGCAGUCCUCCAGGCCGUCUCUGGCUUCUUCUUGGUCAGCUCCAUGGACAGGGUCAUCUCCAAGCCAGACUCGAUGCUCUACAUCUGGACCAUUUGUGCAGAAGGAUUCCAUGGCCCAGAUUGCCGCAGGACCUUGGAGCGCCCACCUCGCCCAGCCUGUGACUGCAGUGGUAGAUUCCAGACGACAGUGGAAAGAGGUGAGGAGCGGGCAGGGAGAGCAUAG